UUAUGUCAAACAGCCGUCACCGUCAAUAUCCAUCAGUUCAGCUUGUCAGUUCCCGAAAAUUAUUAUUAAGACCGUUAUAAACUAAAAUAAAUACUAAUUAUAUCAGUGAAUAAGUUAUAAAAUGUGGUGAAUCUUAAAUCAAAUCCAACAGAGUCCUAUGUGAACUAAAGAAUUAACUCCAUUCAAAAUCAUUUACAUAUGCUGUGCUGCUGCAGUUCCCAUUGUGCAAGAGCACAAUAGAUAAUACUAUCAAUUUUAUAAAGAAUCCAAAAACUUAGGGAAUUAUGGCUACUGCCUAUAGAAGAGAUUAUUAUAGACGUCAACCUACUAGUAAUUUUACAUAUGUGAGUCCCUGUGUGAAAUACCUCAUUUUCAUACUCAACUUCAUAUUCUGGCUAUUUGGAGGUCUACUGAUUGGUAUUGGCCUCUACGCUUUCGUUGACAAAUGGCAGUUGACAGGCUGGGUACGACUGGAAAAUGUCUAUGAUGUGAUUUUAAAUAUAUCGUUAGUGAUGGUCAUUAUGGGAGGAGUCGUUUUUAUCGUUAGCUUCGCCGGUUGUGUAGGAGCGCUCAGAGAAAAUACAUGCUUGCUCAAAUUUUACUCACUCUGUCUAUUAAUAUUCUUCCUAUUGGAAAUGGGAAUAGCCAUCGUUGGAUUCGUCUUCCCCCAUUCUAUGCAGUCAGUUUUGGAAGAAAAUUUCACCGACAAGAUCAUUCAUACUUAUCGAGAUGAUCCGGAUCUACAGAAUUUCGUAGAUUUUGCUCAACAAGAGUUCCGAUGUUGCGGACUCAGCUCAGAAGGAUAUAUGGACUGGUCAAAGAAUGAGUACUUUAACUGCAGCUCGCCCAGUGUUGAACACUGCGGUGUGCCAUUUUCUUGCUGCAUAAAUGCGACUGAUCUUAGCUCAAGACUGGUUAAUAUAAUGUGUGGAUAUGGAGUACAAACCUUGUCGGUUGCUGAAGCUGGAAAGAAGGUCUGGACUUCCGGCUGUAUAGAGAUCGUCAGAUCUUGGGCCGAAAGGAACUUGUACACGAUCGCUGGAAUCGCCCUAGGCGUAGCCUUAUCACAAUUGUUCGUUAUCUAUCUGGCCAAAACUCUAGAAGGCCAAAUCGACCUGCAGAAAUCCAGUCAUUACCGAGUACAAUAUUAUGAAUUCGAGAGAUUCAACUAGAACUAAGCCUACAACGUCCAAUAAAAACAAAAUAAUAUGGUCCAUGAAGAUUCCUCACAAAAAAAUCCUAACUGAAUAUCUUGUUCCGACUAAACCUACAAAAGAGAAGAAGCAAAAACGACUUGGCAACAACGUCUCUGAGAGCUGUUUUACACAUAGUUCACUUUACGGGAUUGUUAUUAAGAUAAUAUACAUAUUAUUAAAUAAAGAUUUUAAAACAGUGCCCAAUAGUCAACGUAAAGUUUGAGAUAAACAAAUCAAACUUUAAUAAGAAAGUGAAAGAUUCCAAAAAUUUGAGUCCAUAUGGCACCGUAAACGACAAUCGGACUUGUGUAAAACCGCUCUUAUGAAAGCUAACUUCACUCAGUUCAAAUUUUUGACUUUGACAUGUUUUUAAAAUAUUUGAUUUUUGUUUUGUUGAUGGUUUAAUUUUAAUCUUGUUUUAUUUAAUUUACGUUAUCAAAUUGUUAUAUUGCUCUAAUCUAAAUUUUAAAGACUUCUAUGUAUAAUUACUCACUUAAUAAAUGAGUUCCGAAACGAUUGAAAACUU